UUUAAAAUAAUAUUGUCGAGUUUCACUAAUUUUUUAUUAUAAAAUAAGUGACUCUAUACUUAUAGUUUUUACCUUCAAAAUCUCACUUUAAAUCACGCUUUACGCUUUCUUUUAUUAACUCUACAAUAUAAACUUGCAAAUCACAAAAAAUCACAUUUUAAGUAGCUUAAUUAAAAUUGUCCUUCAAGGAAUAAGACGUAUUACAAAUGAGGAAAUAAAAUGGAAGGCAGUGUAUUUAUUUUAUACGACUAUUCUGUAAUUUACAAAAAAUUCAUAACUACUAAGUAUUUAUAUCAAAGAUGCAAUUCGUAACAAUCCAUUUGCAACGUGUAGAAAAGGAAAAAUUUUUUAGUGGAUCUGAUAUGAAGAUUUUACAGGAAAUUAUUAGAGAAUAUCCUAAUUAUUAUUUUGAUGAAAUUGUUCGAGAAAUGAUUAAUAAAACUGGAUCUACUUUAUGGAGAUACUUUAAAAUUUUGUGGGAAGAGUUUAUUCUACUUUUGAAGAUUAACAAGCACUUUCCCAUCGAGUAAUCAAUAAAUAUUUAAUUAAAAUUGGGCAAGCAGGCUUUGACAGAUACCUUAAAAUAAACCGCUUAUUGGAUAACCUGGAAUUUUCGCUUUUUAGAUGCUGAGAGUAUGCUGAGAUCAUACUAGCGUAUUACCAAUAUAAAUUACUCAAUGCAAAUAUAUAUAUAUAAUUACUGUAGAUAUUUUACAU